AUGUUCUCUUUUGCGACGCCAAGCGUCUACCAGUCUUCAAAAUGUUUCGUCACCUAUGGCGUAACGAGCCAUCUUCAACCUGGACAGCUUCCGGGAAAAGGGAAACCGUGGAGCGCACUCCUCGCGCAGGACUUUAUCGAUUUAGUUCUCCCAGAAGAGCUAUUGCAAGUUGUCAAAGAUAAAAUAACCGGAGAUCCUAGUAGGGGACCACCUGUGUUUUACAAAGUUAUCAUGAGGCUUGGACAAGUCUUAGAGGGGGACUUUUUCACUGAGUAUGUCAAGAUAGGAAAUAUCAUGAUGCUCUCAGAAGGAAGGGUUGAUUCUGAUAAUGUAUUUUCCUUAAAAGAAGGUAUACUCACAAUGUACCUCGAUAAAGAGGCGUAUGAAAGAGCUGGGCUUGUUGGUAAACCACAUGGAGUAAAGGGUAAACGUGGAUCUAAGCCCCGAUGGAUUGUUCAAUUCGAUCUCCGAGAUCCUUCGAUGCUCCACGGGAAAAAGGGCUUCGAUAGACUAAUAUAUGCAUGUAAAAAUGUGCUAAAUAGGCCUCUCACGUGGCUUUUCCACGAACUCUCUAAGACGCCUGUCCCAGAUCCCCUCUCACAGUACUAUCCUACAAAGUAUACGUCAAACCCUAUGAUCUCUGAAUGUCUUUCUAUGAAAGUCCCGCCAUUAAAACCCCCGCCAGCCAUCAUUUCUAGUCAAAACAGGAUGGAUCUGGAGGAAUUCGUCACCGAGAUAUAUGAGUGGCUGUCACUAGUUCGGCUCGGUAGCCCACGAGUGGAUGUAGACGAUAAGAUAGACCCUUAUUUGUCGUGUUAUGCUGUUCCCGGCGACAUGGAAGAUGUUCGGAACGAGAAGCUAUGUCGAGUCAGUUGGCAAGGGUUCAUACCACCACAGUGGUGUCAACAAACCUUGGUGGACGUGAUCCUUGCUCUGCCAUCAAAAUCAUGGUUUGCGAUGAGCGUAACAUCGUUCCCAAAGGGUAUCGUUGGAGAUAGUGCAGAUUGUACUAUUCUAAGACCACCUAACUCGUCAGGAGAGUACUUCCUAUGGGAUAUCAAGAAGCACGAUUGA